AUGUUUUCCCCACGUAGCAUUACCAAAUUGAUGCCCACUUUUUCUAAGUCACGGACCUCCACCUCCGCUGUAAGCCUUUGCGAGCAGCAAACAGCAGAUCAAUCUGGUGUUCCAGCUGCACCUCCUUUUCCUUUGGAGCAUCCAACAAAACAGAAGCGUUUCAAAUUUGCCAGCUGUCUGCUUCCUGACGCUCUCGCCCGCUGCACAGCUGCUCACAACCGGCCUGUGACACCGCCACCUUCCUCCGCUGCGGGUGACGUGACACUUCUGCAGGCGGGCGUUGGCCUUGCCAUGCCUCGACAAAGUUGGUAG